AUGGGCAGGGUUGGCAAGACGACCCUUGCUCGAGUCCUUUACAAUGAUGAUAAGAUGAAGGAGCACUUUGCCCUUAAAUCUUGGGCUUGUGUUUCAGAAGAUUAUGAUGCUAUUAUGGUGACUAAAACUCUUCUCGAGUCGGUCACUUCAAAACCUUGUAAUAUGAUAGAUUUUAAUUUGCUUCAAGUUGAACUUGGAGAACAACUGAGGUGAAAGAAAUUCUUAUUUGUGUUGGAUGACCUUUGGAAUGAGAAAUAUUCUGAUUGGAAGCGCCUCCAAACUCCUUUUACUUCCGGGGCAAGGGGAAGCAAAGUCAUCGUGACACCACGAAGUGAAAAUGUCACAUCUCUCAUGAGAAAUGUUCCCAUUCAAUGCUUAAAGCCUUUGUCGCAUGAAGAUUGUUGGAUGUUACUAGCAAAACAUGCAUUUGGAAACGAAAACCACAAUGCAAAUCCAACUUUGGAAGAAAUUGGCAAGAAAAUUGCACAUAAGUGCAAUGGUUUGCCUUUAGCAGCAGAAACACUCGGGGGUCUAUUACGUUGCCAGAGAGACUACAAGGAAUGGAAUAUAUUAUUAAAUAGUAGUCUUUGGGAGCUACCUUAUGAUAAAAGUGAUAUCUUUCCAGCUCUACGAUUGAGCUAUCAUUAUCUCCCUGCUCAAUUGAAACGAUGCUUUGUGUAUUGUUCACUAUUUCCAAAAGACUAUUUGUUCAAGAAGGAAAAUGUGGUUCUACUUUGGAUGGCAGAGGGUUUAAUUCCACAAGAUUUUAACGGGAAAAGAAUGGAAGUGAUGGCUAGAAAUUACUUUGAUGAACUUGUAUCUCGAUCACUACUUCAAAAUUCAGGGAGGCAUGGUUUCACAAUGCAUGAUCUUCUUAAUAACUUGGGUUGUUCUGCUCUCAUUGAACUGCCAACAGAUAUAAGACAAUUGAUAAACUUAAGGAAAUUAGCAUUGGCAGGUUGCUACUCCCUUACUAAAUUACCUGUAGAUAUAAGGGAAUUGAGUAGUUUGCAUUACCUCAGUAUCAACAGAACUAAGAUAGAAGGGAUGUCAGUGGAAAUUGGAAGACUAAAGAGUUUGAGAACCUUAACUGCUUUCGUUGUGGGGAAAUCUAUCGGGUCUAGCGUUGGAGAAUUAAGGGAGUUGCAGCAUCUUCAAGGAAGACUUUGUAUUUCAAAUCUGCAAAAUGUAGUUGAUGUUGUGGAUGCAUUGGAAGCCAAUUUGAAGGAUAAGAAAGAACUCAAGGACUUAGAGUUGGCAUGGGGUGAUGAGGACGCCGAUGAUUCCCAAAAGGAGAGAGAUGUGCUUGACAAGCUCCAACCUUGUGUAAAUUUGGAGAAACUGACUAUCAGAUUAUAUGGAGGAACUAGCUUCCCAAAUUGGUUAGGAAGCUCUAAUUCCCUUUCUAACAUACAGUUCAUGUGUAUCAGUGAUUCUUCUGAAAUUCAACCCAUUCAGUCUCUGAAGACACUAAUGUUUGAGAAUAUGCCAGAGUGGGAGGAUUGGCUAUCAAGUCCAAGUGGAGUGCUUGCCCAAAAUGCAAUAUCUUCGAAAUUUGACUCUCAGAAAUUGCCCAACACUGUUGUCAUUAGAGUUCCUAUCUUAUGA